AUGGUGAAGCACAACAACGUCGUCCCUAACGGUCAUUUCCACAAGUAUUGGGAGUCCCGAAUCAAGACUUGGUUUGACCAGGCUGCCAAAAAGAAAACCCGUCGUCUAAGACGUAAGGCUAAAGCAGCUGCUGUGGCUCCGCGUCCCGCGGCUGGUCUGUUGCGCCCUGCCGUGCACUGCCCAACGAUUAAAUACGGCUCUAAAGUUCGUGCAGGUAAAGGCUUUACUUUAGAGGAGCUGAAGGAGGCUGGUAUCAACCGCAAGCAGGCCAUUAGCAUUGGAAUUGCUGUUGACUUCCGUCGUACCAACAAGUCGGUCGAGUCGCUUCAGGCUAAUGUGCACCGCCUUAAGGCUUACAAGGCCAAGCUAGUUGUUUUCCCACGCAAGAAUAACAAGCCAAAGAAUGGCGAUGCCGUUUCCGAAGAUGUGAAGAAUGCCGUGCAACAUACCGGACCGAUUCUUCCAAUUACGCGCUCGAGCGUCAAGUCGACCACAGCUAUCAUCACACCUGAGAUGAAGGAGAAGAGCGUUUUUACGGAACUGCGUGUCGCUCGAGCUGACAAGCGCAUCUUUGGCAAGCAAGCUAAGCGUUUGGCGGACAAGAAAGAGAAAAAGUAA